AUGCUUCCGCCCAGCUACCUCCAGUUCGCCGCCGCCGCUCUCAUGAUUCAUUGGCCAUCCAGAGCAUCGCCCAUGCAUGACGUCCGUCGUUUGCAACCUGGAUCUCGUCGCUGCGGAUCGCCUCGCUCAUCAACACUUGACCUUGUGGAUAAGUUUCCCUUCGUGCCGUCGUCCAACACGACACCUCUCGACGCCCUGAUGGCCCGCUUGGAGUCUGGUCCUUGAAGCUUUGCAUUGUGUGCCUGCCCAGUUAGAUUCUCUGUGCGCUCCCUUGCUAGAACCUCGCCCGACUCGUGCGCUCCCGCGCCUCUUUCCCUUUUCUCUAUCGUUUCAUCUCAUCAUUCAGACUGCUGAGAUUCGUUAGAGAACAGGUCCGUUGCAAUCGCAUGAUCGUUUCAUCUCAUCAUUCAGACUGCUGAGAUUCGUUAGAGAACAGAUCGCUCGGCUGCGCCGCGGCUGCCUCUCCAGGCCGCGUCUUCACCGCCUCGCGACUUCUCGACCGGGGAGCACUUUGCUACGUCGUCCUGCCUCGCAACCUCCCGAAACGAUCCGGUCCGUGCCGCCUCACGAUUCUCCAGCGACCCCCCGGUCCCAACUUAACAGAACUAUCGUCCCAGCCGCGCGGCACGUCGCCCGUGGCCGCUAUCGCGCCCGUCAACGAAGACGAACAGCUCCGCCUUGCCGCGCUCGACCAGCGCCUGCGCGCGGUUUACGCUGAUCGCUUCCCUGACGACAUUCCACCGGUUGCCACCUAUCAAUCCCCGGUGCGACACCAUAUCGAGCUUGACAACCCGCGCACUGUGAUCAACCUGCGCGGCUAUCCGGUCGCCAAACGCCAUCGCCAGGCAUGGUACCUGCUGCUUCAAAAGCACCUCGCAAGUGGCCGUCUUCGCCCCUCACGUUCGCCGUACGCGUCACCGGCGUUCAUCAUCCCCAAGAAGGGCUCGGAUGUGGACCCGACCAUUGCACCGCGAUGGGUGAACGACUACCGCCACCUCAAUCGGCACACCAUCAAGGACCGCACACCCUUGCCCCUGGCCGAUGACAUCCUGUCGACGUGCUCCAAAGCGCAGUUCUGGGCCAAGAUUGACAUGACCAACUCCUUCUUUCAGACCAAGAUGGCGGAAGAGGAUAUAGCAAAGACCGCGGUUUCGACACCCUGGGGUUUGUACGAAUGGACGGUCAUGCCCAUGGGACUCUGCAACGCGCCCGCCACCCACCAGCGCCGCGUCAACGACGCCCUGCACGGAUUACUCGGCACCAUCUGCUUCGUCUACCUUGACGACAUCACCAUCUUCGCCGAUACGCUGGAGGAGCACGAGGCCCGUGUUUGCCAAGUUCUGAACGCCCUGCGCCGAGCCGAACUCUACUGCUCGCCAUCAAAGACCAACCUCGCCACCUCGGAGUGUGAGUUUCUUGGCCACAUCAUCAACCGCUCCGGCGUACACGCCGACCCCAAGAAGAUCAAGCGCAUCCACGACUGGCAUCUCCCAGCGACCGUCACGGAACUGAAGGGGUUUCUCGGUUUGGUGCAGUACCUCCGCAGGUUCAUUCCGGGCCUUGCCGAGCAUACCGCUGCGCUGACCCCGUUGACAAUCAAAGGGCUGACAUCCAUCGACAACCUCUGGACAACUCCAACGGUCCGUCACUUUGAAGCCAUCAAGUCCAUUGUCGUCUCCCUUGACUGCCUACGCCCGCCCGACCACUCUGCCGAUGCCAUGCCAUUCUGGGUGAUGACCGACGCCAGUCUUCAAGGUAUCGGAGGUGUGCUCCUGCAGGGCUCGCAUUGGAAGACCGCACACCCCAUUGCCUACUGGUCGCGUCAAUACAUCCCAGCUGAACGCAACUACCCUACGCACGAGCAGGAACUCCUAGCUAUUGUCGAGGCUCUCAAGGAAUGGCGCAUUGAUCUCCUGGGUGGCCAUUUUCACAUCCUUACCGACCAUUCCACACUUGAGCACUUUCAGACGCAGCGCACGGUCAUCUCGCGACGCCAGGCGCGCUGGCUUGACACCUUGGCCGAAUUCGAUUACGACCUCCAGUAUCUCCCGGGCAGGGAGAACAUUGUAGCCGACGCGAUGAGCAGGUACUCCUUUCCCGAGCCACUUCCCGUCAUUGUGGCCAACAUUUCGCAAGUCUCGCUCUCGGAUGUCGUCAAGCAGCAAAUUGUCGACGCGUACAAAACCGACGCAUUCUGCCAGCAAGCCCUGAACAACAUCGCGUCGGUCGCAUCGGAGUUCAAGAUUAUUGACGCAUUGCUGUAUUUACGGGGCCGGCUUGUCAUUCCACUACUAGCCCCGCUCCGUGAGUCCAUCCUUCACGAUGCUCAUGACGCGCUGGGGCACCUAGGUGAUGUAAAAACGUACCAGACUGUUAUACAGACGUACUUUUGGCCGAACAUGUCCCGCCACGUCAAGCACUACGUGCAACAAUGUGACUCAUGUCAACGAACCAAGGCCCGUACCACUCGCGUCGCGGGCAAGCUUCACUCCCUUCCCGUUCCAGUGCGCCCCAUGACGGACAUCGCCGUUGACUUUGUCGGACCGCUGCCAACAAACAAGGGGUUCGACCGUGUCUUGACGAUCACCGAUCGACUGUCGGGAUAUGUCCGCCUCAUCCCUGCGCGCGAAGCCGACACAGCGGCGGAUGUUGCCAACCGCUUUCAUGAGGGGUGGCAUCGUUUUUUUGGCCUGCCUCAACGGAUUGUCUCGGAUCGUGACAAGUUGUUCACGAGCAAGUUCUGGUCCGCCCUGCACAAGCGUCUGAACAUCAAGCUGCAGCUUUCCUCGGUGUUCCACCCCGAGACUGACGGGCGCAGCGAGAAGACGAACAAGACCGCAUUCCAGAUCCUACGCUCGCUUGUCAACAGGGAACAAUCCAAUUGGGUUGAAUGUCUCACCGCUUGUGAGUAUGCCAUCAACUCAUCGGUCAACGUUUCGACGGGGAAGACCCCGUUUGAGCUUGUCCUGGGGUACACACCCACCCUCGCCCCGCUUGCCCCUAUUGAGGGCGACGAGGAGCUCCCAUCGGUUGAGGAGCUGCUCGCACUUCGCUUCCAGUCAUGCGAGGAGGCACAAGACCAACUCGCUGUGUCCAAAGUUCGUCAAGCCGCCCAAGCCAACAAGGACCGCGCGGAUGAACCUUCAUGGGCCGUCAGGGACCUUGUGCUGCUCGACUCAAGUGACCGCAGGAAGCGACUUCACACCCGCAAGCGCCGCGCAGCCAAGCUCAUGGACCGUUUCGACGGCCCUUAUCGCAUUGUUGCGGCGCAGCCAGGGAUCUCCACGUACACCUUGCAACUCAACAAGGACGAUUCCGCGGUACCGUUCUUCCACACGGGCAAGCUCAAGGCCUACCGCUCAAAUGAUUCGGAAUUGUUCCCAAGCCGAGAACCCGCGCGCCCGGGACCGGUGGACAUAGGUGGAGAACCCGAGUGGGUCAUCGAGGACAUCGUCGAUGAAAGGGUCCGAGCGGGGAAGACUCAAUAUUUGGUCUCUUGGGUUUCAUGGCCGUCGCUAUCCAGUGUAAGGCAAGGCCUUACGACGGGCCACAGGCAUUAGAAAUAGAGCUUGCGCGCGCCUAGCUUCUUCAGCUCUCUCUUCAUCGAGCUGACACCAGAAGCUAGGUGAGUACUGGUGUUCCCUAUCUCAGCACUAUCGUAUCUUAUCGAGCUGACACCAGAAGCUAGUUGUAA